CAACAACUACUGCAGUACAAUAACAAUUUGUACAACCUGAAUUAUAACAUGGAGGAUAACGAGCGGCGCAAAAGACGCGAACGCGAGAAAUAUGAACGCCAACAGGGCAUACAGAGCGAUGAUCGUGAGACUAGUCUAUUUGGCGAGCCGCGCCGCCUCAAUCCCAGCGAGGGCGAUGCGGAAAUAACGGCCGCCCUUGGCGAAUUCAUCGAUGCCCGGGACCAUAUGAACUCUUCCACGGUGGGAAUCUACAGGCAUGCCAGCACGAAUGCCUCCAGUUCGCGUCUGCCGGCGCUCUCGUUCGGUGGCAGCUCGUUGGCCAACUCCUACUCCACGUCAUCCGCCUCCGUGAACCCAGCUGCGUCAUUAGCUUCCUCAUCCGCCUCGGUGCCUGGCCAGCUGCCCACAUCACAGCAGCAGCAGCAGCAACAGCAGCAGCAGCAACACUAUCAACAGCAGCAGCGGGCGCCCACCUAUCUGAAGCAGGCGGAUAAUAAGCCGCCCUACAAUGGGCGUGGCGGCUAUCCCGGGCAGCCCAUGAAGAAUGACAUACCCUCGAGUAGCGGCAUGGCGCCGCCACGUGGACCGCCCAGAUCGUCAUCGUCCGCCAGCCAGAGCAACAGCAACAGCAACAGCAUCAACUCGUCCAGCGCCACAAACAAUGCCACAUCGGGGGCGACGUCAGCGUCCAUGUCCUCGCCCCUCGGCCCGCCCCUGUCCACGCAAAUGCCGAAUGGCCGCGAGAAAUCGUUUCUGGGGCCGCCGGCGCCGGCGCUGCCCAACGGCGGACGAUUUGUGCCGCCAGCGGCCAGCAGUAAGCGGCCAAGCAAUAGCGUUGGACUGCAGCCACCGCCACCAGAGAAGGAUAUUAGCAAAAUAAUCACCGAGAUGACCAACAAUUAUCGCGUGACCCCGCUAACCUCAAUUGCGGCCACGCCGCACGCUCCCAUGUCCGAGAACUACAAUCUGAAUGGGCCCAAUAAGUUUAAGUAUGCAUUUGAUUCCAUCGGCCCCCUCAACUCACCGCCGGCGGCGGGCGCCUCCUCGCUGAUGACGCCGCUGCUGGCGCCCAUUGCGCCGAUCACCUCGCCCAUAGCGCCGCUACUGACGACGCCGCCGCAGGCCAGCCAACUGCCUCUGCCGCUGGCACCGCUGGCGGGCGCCACAACGGUGCCGCCUGCCCUGGGGGGCAUGGCUGCUGUGGCGCCCAUCCAGCAGCUGAUGCCCACGCCUCCAAAGGCGUCGCCGACGCCGCCAGCGAUAAAGCCGAUGAAAACGGAAAAGAAUCAUUCGCUGGAGAAGCAGGACUCGUGCCUUGAGAACGAUCUGGAACUAUCCGAAUCAGAUGAUGAGCGCAAAAAGGAAGGUCGAUCGGCUGGCAACAGCAGCAACAGCUCCGAGUCCGACUCCAGCGAAUCGGGCAGCGAGGCAAGCAGCAAAGGUGAUACGCAGCAGCAGCAGCAGCAACAGCAACAGCAACAGCAACAGCAGCUGUUGCUCCAACAACAACAGCAGCAACAGUUGCUGCUGCAACAGCAACAACAACGGCUCGCUGCCAGCGCCAAUGGCAGCAAAAAGAAAUACAGCCAAACGAUAAUUGCGAGUGGAGCAAAUACAAUCAGUGGGUUGCUCACGUCCAGUGGCUUGGGUGGUGCUGGUGCUGGCAGUGUUGCAGGUGGCGCUGGUGGUGCUGGUGGUGCCAUCAAUGCCACCAACAACACAUGCGGCGGCGGCGGUGGCUCGAGCGGCUCCUGCAUGGGCACCAUGAGUAGCUCCAGCUCAUCGAACAAGACGCCUUCGCCCACGGACAGCAAUCGCUGGAAUCUAAGUCGUUUCUUUCCCAAGCCAGCGAAUCAGACGGCCGCCGAGAGUGUGUCGCCGGGCGUGGCCAAUGCCAUAGGCAAUGUGAGCAUGAAGGUGCCGGGCAUCCUGCCAGGCGGUGCACAGAUCAUACCCGAGUCUAUCGACGUGACCACGGCGAUUGUGAAGAACGAGAAGCUGCACGACGAGCCGCGGCACGUGGGCGAUGACGAGGACGACGAGGCGGAUGAGCAGCAUCGCCAACAACAACAGCAGCAGCAGCAGCAGCAGCAGCAGCAACAGCAACAGCAGAGAUAUGGCCUGAGUGUGACUGUAAAGAAGGAGCAACUGGAGCAGCAGCAACAGCAACAGUUGCUGCUGCAACAGCAACAGCAGCUGACCACGGAGCAGCUGGCGCUGGCGGGUGCCUUGCCAAAGAACCAAAUCAAACGCGAGUCCCGAUUGUCCGACUCCGGCAGCGCCAGCAGCGGCAGCGGCAGCGGCAGCAGCAGCUCCGACAGCGCCGGCGGCAGCAGCGAAGUGUUGCAGAUGCCCGGCCCGGGCGAAACACUGCAAAUACCUGGCGUACCUGCGGCGAUAACAACGGUGCUGCGCGUGCCGCAAGCAAUGCAGCACAAGGUGCAGCCCAAUAGCGUCACAUUGACGCCCAUUGGGCCGCUGCCGGCGUCGCCGAAGCCGCGGCAAAAGAAGCCGCGCAAAAAGAAAAUGUCGGCGGCAACAGCGCCGCUGGACUCCAGCGACGAGGACGAGCCCACGGCCAGCAGCAACAAGAAGCAUGCGCUGGAGCUGGCAGCAACAGCCGCAGCAGCUGCUGCCGCGGUGGCGGUGCCGGUGGCUGCGGCGGCGGCGCCAGCAAUUAAAAAGGGACGCGGCAGGCCACGCAAGCAGGCGCAGCAACAGCAACAGCAGCAGCAGCAGCAACUGCAGCAGAGCGGAAAUCUGAGCAGCGCCUCGGCGAGCAGUUCGCAAGCCAAGGGACCAACGUUGACAGCAGCCAAGAAGCCGCUGGCCAAAGCCAGUGUCAGCAACAGCAACAGCACGGCGCCGGCAACUGUUGCUGCGGGCACGCGGAAGCGUGAGCAUAGCAGCAACAGCAGUUCCAAUAGCAAUACGCCCACCAAGAAGCCAACAGCAACAUUUGCCACGAUGGCGGCGAAGCUCGAUCGUGCCGAUGCGCUGAGCAGCGACGACGAUAGCAGCAGCAGCAGCAGUUGCAGCAGCACCAAGUCGAGCAGCAGCAGCGGCAGCGACAGUGAGACGCCAGCAGCGGCCGCGGCAGGAGCAGCAGCAUCGACAGCAACAACUGUUGUGACAACGUCUGCACAGAAUCCCGCCAAGAAGCGCAUUGUGAAAAUCAAUAAAGUGGGCGUGGCCGGCAACAGCAGCAGCAGCAGCAAGGCGAAGCGUCGCUACAGCGUUGGCAGCAGCAGCAACAGCAGCAGCAGCAGCGAAACGGAAGAGCAGCAACAGCACAAGCAACAGCAAUUGUUGCUGCUGCAGCAGCAGCAACAAAAGCAGCAAUUGCAGCACCAGCAACAAUUGCAGCAACAGCAGCAACAGCAACAAUCGCUGCUGGGGCAGUUUGCGGCCGAAUCGCUGCCGCAGUCGGCGCAGCGUUUGAGCAGCAGCGACUGCAGCAGCAGCAGCAACAGCGACAGCAGCAGCAACAGCAGCGGCAGCAGCAGCAGCAGCGACGAGGACGGCGAGCAUCGCAGCGGCAAGCGCAAGAGUGAUAAGAAGAAGAUAUGCACACUGACGCGCAUCUUCAACCCCAAAGAGGGCGGGGCCAAGAAACAGGGUCAGGUUGUCAUCAUCGAUCAAUCUGAGGAACAACAGCAGCAGCAGCAGCAGCAGCAACAGCAGGCCAAAGAGCUUAAGCCGCGUGCCACGCCCACACAGCUGCUGGGCGCCACACUGGCAUCGCCGGCAAGAACCACCACGCCCCACUUGACAUCGCUGAUGUGCAAAAUCGAUCUGAGCAAGCUGGCGCGAGUGCCGCCCGAGUGGUAUCAGAAUAGCUACAGACUGUACGCAGCUGAUGGACAGCAUCAGCCGCAGCACCACCACCAGCACCACUCGCAGCAGCACCACCACCAGCCAGAGAGACUGAAGGCGCAGCAGAACGGCCAUCUCAGCAGUCGGUCCGCCGAAGGCGCACGCACGCCCAAGGAUCUGCAGCAGAUCUGCACGCCCAACGGGUAUGUGGGUGGUGCAGCCGGGGGUGGUGCAGCGGCUAGCAAGCUGCUGGGCGGCGUCAAGCACGAGCAUGGCGUUAAGCCCGAGCCGGAGCUGGAACCCGGCUACGAGGGCAAGUACAAACUGAACAGCGUUAAGCAGGAGUUCAUGCUCAAGCAGGAGCUGCCCGCGCGUCGACGCAAACGCAGCUCCAGCUCCAGUUCGAGCCCCUACAAGGAGAAGAAGCGAAAAAAGGAGAAGGCCGAACAGCUGAGCAAGGAGCUGCUGCCCGUGCCGGUGCUGCUGCCUGCCAACAAUCACGAGCGGUUAUCGCGCGACAAGCUCGAGUUGCUCAUGCAGCAGCAGGAGAGCGCCGCCAAUGGCAGUCCCAACAAGUUGCAGCAGCAGCAGCAGCAAUCACGACUGUCACAAUCACAGCAGCAACAGCAACAACAGCAGCAGCAACAGUCGCUGUCACAGUCCACAACUGCGGCAGCAACAGUUGCCGCUGCGCCCAUCCAACUGCCAACCACCUGCAGCGAAGCGGUGCAAACGACGCCGCCACCAGCAGCGCCACAGCCAGAGCCGCGUCUCAUCUAUCGAUCCCACUUUGACAAGGAGGAGGAGAACGAAAACGACGAUCUCAGAAAAAACGACUUUCUGCUGCAGGAGGCGAUCAGGCGUAAACGUGCCGCCGAUUCGGAACGUGAUUCAUUCAGUCAGAUGACGCUUUACCUCGAGGCGAUUGUCUACUUCCUGCUGACCGCCGAUGCCAUGGAGCGCUGCAACAUGGAGGCCACCUGGACCAUGUACAAGGACACCCUGUCGCUAAUUAAAUACAUUUCCUCGAAGAAUCGACCGUAUCAGCUGUCAACGAACGGAAAUCACGAAUCGCACAACAUUGUGGCCAUACUCAGUUUGCGCUGCCAAUCAUUGAUAUCCUUAAAGCUUUACAAAUUGCGACGCGUCAAUUGUCGUGCAAUUAUCGCCAGCUGUACCGAAUUUUUUCGCUCUGGCAGGGGGGAUAUACUGAAUGGCAAUACGCCGUCCUCCAUAUCACCAUCGAACUCAGUGGGCUCUCAGGGCUCCGGUUCGAAUACGCCGCCUGGCAAAAUAGUGCCUCAAGACAUACACAAUAUGCUUUGCAAGCAGAAUGAGUAUCUCACCUAUGUAAACAGCGCUCACGAGCUGUGGGAUCAAGCCGAUCGUUUGGUGCGCAACGGCAAUCAUAUAGACUUCAUACGCAAGCUGGAUCACGAGAAUGGCCCUCUGACGCUGCACAGCACGAUGCAUGAGGUGUUUCGGUAUGUGCAGGCGGGGCUUAAGACUCUACGCGAUGCUGUCUCGUAUCCCCAGUCGCAGUAGCGAUAACAGCAACGCCAAUAUCAACAACAACAACAACAACAACACCAACAGAAACAACAACAACAGCAACAACCGCAACAUCAUCAUCACCACCAAACGUGUCUAAAUGAAAGUCAGGCCAAAUUAGCAACUAUUAUUAUUACUAUUAUUAUUAUUAUAAAUUAUAAUUAUUAUUAAAUUGUAUACUAAAUAUAAAGCGAACGGAAAGCGUCAGCAAACCAGCUAUUAAAAUUAAGUUUAAAAAAAAAAAAAAAAAGAAAACUUCCAACAACAUCAUAUACAGUUACUCUUUUUUAUGCACAUCAUUUACUUAUUUCCUUAUGCUCAAUUAUUUACGUUUGGUUUCUUUAUAAAUGCUUUUCGUUAGGCAAUUUAAGCAUUGUAUUUAUGCCUAGUUUUAAUUGAUAUUACAAAAAUGAAAAAAUAUUAAACUAAA